AUGUCCAAUUCAUUUACUACUCCAAGAAAACGAACACUUUCAGAUCAUUUAGAAAACCAAUAUUACUCAUUUGAUGACCCUCAAGAAAGGAUAAAUGCCGUUAUUGGUGUAUUACAAUGUCCUGAUGAGAAAACAAAUGUUUCAGAAACUUAUGCAAAUACUAAAAAUAUAGCUACUCAAGUUCAAGCUUAUGCCAAAAUAGCGGGUAAAGAUUGGACUUAUUAUGUUAAAUCUUUAGCUAUAUCUAUUGGUAGAAAUACAGAUGUAGCAAGUUCAAAUGUAAAUACUGGACCAUUAAUUGAUAUUGAUUUAGGUCCAGCAAAAAUUGUAAGUAGACAACAUGCAACAAUUACUUAUAAUUUAGAUGCAAGAACUUGGGAAUUAAGAGUUCUUGGUAGAAAUGGUGCAAGAAUAGAUGGACAAAAAGUUUCAAUUGGAUCACUGGAAAAAAAUACAUUACAUUCUGGAGCUAUAUUAGAUGUUGGAGGAACUCAAAUGAUGUUUAUUUUACCAGAUUCACCUCCUACUGUAGCACCAAAAAUGUUGGAAAAAGCAAUGGCCAAAUAUAGAGAAGAACAUGGGAAAAAUAAAAAAACAUAUAAUGGUAAUGGUGGAGGAUCAAUUAAAAGUUUUCAAGUAUAUAAUAAAGCUCAAUUAAAUCAUUCACCAAAUCAAAUGACAGCAAAUUCAUUGCAAAGUAAUUUAGAUCAAGAUUUAUCAAAAGAAGAUUCAAAAGAUAUAAAACCCCCAUAUAGUUAUGCAACAAUGAUAACUCAAGCUAUUUUAUCAAAUCCAUCAGGUGUUAUGUCAUUAGCAGAUAUUUAUAAUUGGAUUUCAAGUCAUUAUGCAUAUUAUAAAUAUUCUAAAACUGGUUGGCAAAAUUCAAUUAGACAUAAUUUAUCAUUAAAUAAAGCAUUUGAAAAAGUUCCAAGAAGACCAAAUGAACCUGGAAAAGGUAUGAAAUGGCAAAUUAGUUCAUCUUAUAGAGAAGAAUUUUUAAAUAAAGUAAAUGAUGGAACAAUUUCAAAAACAAGAAGAGGUUCAUCAGUUUCAAGACAAUUAAGUUUACAUUUAGCAACUCAUAAACAAUUACCUGAAUCUCAAUUGGAUAGACAUGAUAUGAGUCAAUUUCAUCCACAACAAAUUCAUGGUCAACAACAACCACCCCCACAACAACAAUCACAACAUCAACAACAACCUCAACAGCCUCCUCCUCAAGCAUAUUACAAUCAUCAAAGUCCAGAGACGAAAAACCUUCAAUACAAUAAUGUACAACAAAACCAUAUGAACUAUAUUCCGAAUCAAUAUGUUCAAUCUGGACGUUCCUAUUCCUAUUCUCAACAACAACAACCACAGGAUCAACCUCAGCAACAGCAACCGCAACAGCAACCACAACCAAUGAUGUUUGGUCAACAAUCAAAUACCCAAUAUUCAAACAACAAUGGAUAUGGAACACAUUUAGCAUCACCAUUAAGACAACCACAACAAUUACAUCAACAAAGAGAUUCUAUCACCAAGAUACCUAAAGUUGAAAACAAUUCUACUUUGUAUAAUCUACCACCACCAACAAACAACAACAACAAUAACGAAACAAAACCAAAUUUAGGACAUUCAAGAAAUUCUUCAUAUGUAACUAAUACACAAUUACCAAAUACUGUAAUUUCAUCAAUAAAUCAUCUGUAUAAUUCAAAUCAAAAUGAUUCAUUAAAUUCAAUACCAAUAUCUUCAAAUAAUACAACAAAUGAUGUAAUAAAUUUUACAAGUCCUAAAAAAAUAUCACAAUUAGAAGCAUAUACACCAGAACGAGGAUCAAAUAAAAAUCAACAACAAAAUCAACAACAAAAUGGAAAAAAUACAAAUACUAAUUCAAAUUCAAAUCAACUUAAUCCAAAUAAUCAAUCACAACAUCCAAAUCAAUCAAGUCCUGCAUUUUGGAAUUUUGUUCAAUUUAGUACUCCCAAUGGUCAAACUCCAAUUAAAAGAAAUUUAAAUGAAGAAAAUAAUAAUAAUGAUGAUGAUGAUGAAGAUGAAUCAGAAAAUGAUGAAAAACAAAGUCCUUUACGAAAUAAAGAUUAA